AUGAACUUUAAUAGAUUGGAAUAUAUAAAUAAGUCAAGAAAACAAAUUAUAAAAGACAUUCGUUUAACUGUGUUUGGGUUAAAUACAGAACGGAAGCAAACAGAAAUGACGAAAUUAUUCUGUUUCAUAUUGUUUGUUCUCCUUCCAUUUGUUGUCUUUGGUGGCAACAUAUACAAUGACUACCGCUCUGUCCCUAAUCCUCACUGGUCUUCACCAUCACAAAGACAGUAUGAUAAUAAUCAACAACCGCAACAAUAUGGUGCAUCAAAUGGUGGAAAAUAUAACACUCAUCCUUCUUAUCCUGACUAUGCGACAUACUACAAUGGUGAUAACAACUAUGAUGACAAUGGUUAUAAUAACAACAAUAAUAAUGGUCAUGGCAAUAACUUUGAUUAUUCCAACUAUCAGCCAGCACCUUAUCAAUAUGACCAGAAUAACAAUGGUGAAAAUUAUAAUUCAGGUGACAACGGAAAGCCAGCAAAUAACAAUCAACAGGAGGAUAGUUACAAUGGAGAAUAUACUCCUGUAGAAAAGUAUGAAGAUUCCUAUCAACCUAAAAAUACACCAUAUAUACCACAUAAUGGAUACCAUGGCAGUGAUAUUCCGUCAUUUGGAACAGGUUCCUUGUCAGGAUCAAAGCAUAGCCAUAGUCACUUAGAUGUGAGAGGCAGAUUUGUUGGUGUUGGCCAUCAAGACUAUGGCAUAAAUUACAAGUCAGUCACCAAAUUCCGUAAAGGUGGAGGUUUUGAUAUAUACGGUCGAAAGCGACAAUAUUUAGAUUAUGACACUGUGGGUCAAGUGAAACAAUACGGUAACAAGCAAAUGAAGGCGAAGUUUGAAGUUUUAGGCAGUUUAAAGGGUUUCCCUUCAUUUUAA